AUGGUUGCGCUCAAGCGUGCCCAAGAGACCGGGGCGGCGGACCCCAUCCUCACCCGCAUCUCGGAGGAGGACAAGGUGCCGUGGUACAAGAAGCCGAACCUGCGAUACCUCUACCUGAUGCUUUUCCCGACGUGUAUGGGUAUCGAGCUCACUUCGGGUUUCGACUCGCAAAUGAUCAAUGCGCUCCAGAUCGUGGAGCCCUGGAUAGAGUACUUUGGCGACCCGCAGGGCAGCUUGAAGGGCAUCAUCGCGGCCGCGUACUCGCUUGGCGCCAUCCUCUCACUCCCCUUUAUCCCAAUUGUGAACGACAAGUUCGGAAGACGAUGGUCCAUCUUUGGCGGUAGCUGUGUUAUGGUUUUAGGAGCUCUCAUCCAAGGAUUCUCUCAGCAUGUUGGCAUGUACAUCGUUGCCCGCAUGAUUCUAGGCUUCGGUAUCCCGACAUGUAUCGUCUCCGGCUCCUCCUUGAUCGGUGAGCUUGGUUAUCCCAAGGAGCGUCCUGUCCUCACCUCUCUUUUCAAUGUCGCGUACUUUGUCGGCCAGAUCACCGCCGCCGCCAUCUGCUUCGGCACCAACAACAUCCCGAGCAACUGGGCCUGGCGCAUUCCGUCUCUCCUCCAGAUCUGCCCGUCUCUGUUGCAAAUCGGCUUUGUAUUCUUCCUCCCCGAGAGCCCCCGAUGGCUCAUCACCCAAGACCGCGCCGAAGAAGCCAGCGAGAUCCUAAUCAAGUACCACGCCGAGGGCGACCCGAACUCCGAGUUCGUCAAGGCUGAGAUCGCCCAGAUGAAGACCGUCAUCACCCUCGAGAUGGAGGCCUCUAAACACUCCUGGAUGGACCUGCUCCGCACCGCCGGCAUGCGCCGCCGCUGCCUCAUCACCUCUAUGCUCGGCCUAUUCACGCAGUGGUCUGGAAAUACAUUGAUUUCUUAUUAUUUGGGGGACUUGCUCGGCAUGAUCGGCAUGAACAACUCCCUGACGAAGCAGAAGAUCAACGUGGGCAUCGCCUGCUGGUCCCUCGUCUGCGGCGUCACCGUAGCGCUGCUCGUCCGCAAGUUCCGCCGCCGCGUCAUGUACCUCGCCUGCACCAUCUCGCUGCUGCUCUGCUACAUCUCGUGGACCAUCUCCAUGGAGCGCGCCGUGCACGCAAAGUCCAACGGCUACGACAACGAGAGUGCCUCCAUCGCGACCAUCUUCUUCAUCUUCAUGUACUCGCCCUGCUACAACAUCGGAUACAACGCGCUGACGUACACGUACCUCGUCGAGCUGUGGCCCUACGCGCUGCGCUCGCGCGGUAUUUCCUUCUUCCAGCUGUUCGGGAGGAUGGCCGGUUUCUUCACCACCUUUGUCAACCCCAUCGGUAUCAAGAACGCCUCGUGGAAGUAUCUCAUCAGCUACUGCUGCUGGCUCGCGUUCGAGGUCGUCUUUGUGUACUUCAUGUUCCCUGAGACGGCAGGACGUACGCUCGAGGAGUUAGCUUUCAUGUUCGAGGAUAAGGCUCUUGCCGAGCAGGCCAACGGUGCUGUUGAGAAGGUUAUUCACCACGAGGACAUGGAGCCCAUUGGAGAGCGGAAGACCGCGACGGGCCAGGCUGAGGCUGUUGAAGAUGUUGGCAACAAGUCCAGGGUUUAA